CUCUUUAAUAUUAUGUGAGAAGUAAUAUUAGUAUUGUGUUGUUUUCUUCUAGCAACUACCGUUUUCAUAGAUUAUUCAUAUAUCAUUCAUUUAAAGGGAUCGGAGCUGGUUUAAUUUGAACUUCUAGAAAUUCUGAAAAGGCUUUGUAUAUCAAUAGCUCUUCCGGUAGAUUUCGUUGUCAUUCUCCCGCGAGUCUUACUAACAGCUUGGUAACUCCUAGAUUGGGCUUCCUUCUCUUCCUUGUUUUCCCUCUUAUUUAUCGUUUACUUUGUUUAUUGUUUCUUUCCUGUUGAAAUUUUAUAAACUCUUUUAGUAGCUAUACAUAUGUUGUCCACGCUUUGCAUAGCUGGUGUAAUUGCGCUGUUGGCAGUUCAUCGAGAACUUCGUCGUUUUGUAUGUCAUGCCCUAGGGCGACAUCUUCUGCAGCGUGUAGCAAAACGUAAAGCCGACGUAUAUGAAAAAUUGGGUGUUGUGCCUAAAUUUGCUCGUACUGUUGGAUUUUUCCAUCCUUAUUGCAAUGCCGGAGGAGGCGGAGAGCGUGUAUUAUGGACGGCUGUAAAGUCUGUCCAAACAGAUUUUCCUAAUGUCAUUUCCCUUAUCUACACUGGAGACCCUGUUUCUUCAGAAGAGGCGCUUCGGAGGGUAAAAACAACAUUCGAAAUCGAUUUGGAUUCUUCAAAAGUGAUCUUUGUUCCCUUAAAGCUUCGGUUUCUUGUUUCUCCAACCGUUUGGCCUCGUUUUACUUUGCUUGGACAAUCCGUGGGUAGUAUGAUUUUGGGAUUUGAAGCAAUUUGCCGGUUUGCUCCAGAUAUUUUCAUUGAUACGAUGGGUUACGCUUUUACUUUUGUAAUCGUUAAAGGAUUUCUUAAUAUUCCUGUUGGUGCUUACGUUCAUUAUCCGACAAUUUCUAGUGAUAUGUUGAAGUCUCUGAAGAAGGUUUCCAUUGUUAGUAAAGUCAAGGGUGCUUAUUGGAGAUGGUUUGCUAAAAUAUAUAGUCAAGCAGGUCGUCAUGCGGAUUUCGUAAUGACUAAUUCUUCUUGGACGCAAAAUCAUAUUGCUUCCUUAUGGGGUAAGGACAUCAACUUAUCUGUGGUGUUUCCACCCUGCAAUACUUCAGAACUUGAAAAGGUUGAUAUUAUUCGUUCGCGUGAACCUAACAUACUUUAUCUUGCUCAGUAUCGACCUGAGAAGAAUCAUAAAGAAUUACUUCACAGUUUUGCCCUUUAUAUAGGAAAACACCCUGAUUCUCCUGCAAAGCUAUUACUCGUUGGCAGUGUCCGUAACGAAAUAGAUAUGAAGCUAGUAGAAUCUUUGAAACAACUUGCUGGAGAAUUGAAGAUAUUGGACAAGGUUGAAUUUAUUGUCGAUGCUCCAUGGCCUAAAGUUGUAGAGUAUCUCGGGACCUGCUCGAUAGGAGUUAACUAUAUGUGGAACGAACAUUUUGGUAUUGGUGUUGUUGAAUACAUGGCAGCUGGUCUGAUCCCUGUUGUUAACAACUCGGGUGGACCAAAGUUUGACAUUGUGAUCCCUUGGAUAGGAAAACCCACAGGAUUUCAUGCCACUACCAUUGGUGAAUAUGCAGAAGCUUACCAUAAAGCUUUGACCCUUAGUCCUCAAGAACAACAGGAGAUGCGAGUUAAUGCACGAUCUGCUUGUGCUCGAUUUGGAGAACAUGUGUUUAUGCGUGAUUUCGGUGACGUAUUUGCUAAGCUUUUACGAGAGGUUUAUGCAAAAGAUUAAGCUUCAGUUGUUUUUUCUUUGGGGCAUGUAUACGUUUUACACUAUCUAUAAUUUAAAGCCGUUUUGAAAUCUUGCUCUCUUAUCUAAUCCUAAUGGGCUUUAUGCCUUUUCUUCUGUGUAUAAGCUUUCCGAUGAUCUUUUGAUUGUUUUGGAUAUGCGACACUCAUUAAUAAUGAAUAAUUAUUUAUACUUUUAACUGUCUUAACCACUUGGCCAUGAUCCUUUCUUCGGACCAAGUGCUUUCGUUUUUUGUUUCUAUCUAUCUUUUUUUGCUUUCUUUGUUUGCGCCUCUCCGGCUUAAUUUCUUUUGUGCUAAUUAACUGUUUGUUAAGGAACAUAUAUGUCUGUUUGGUCUAAGCGUAUAGCGGUAAUGUAUAGUGCGAAAAGGAAGUGUACACAAGAGACCAGUUUAUUUCUUGAUAAUACUAUACAGUUAGAUUGUGGUUUACUUAGAACACGAAAAAAAAAAAAAAACUGAAGAGGUUUCCGUUAAAAUAUAAAUCUUAAAAUUAUGACAUUUAUAAUAUAGGUUUUCCCUUCUAAUUGCAACGCUACCAAAAUGAAUUCUAGGUGAAAGUUAGGGCAAGCAAAGAGUCUAUAAAAUUAAAUUUAUAAAGCUGUAGUGUUAUUUUUCGACAGACUUGAAGUGAAUACAAGUAAUGAAUUUUUGACAAG